AUGAUAAGCUUUUUACUUCGCUCGAAGAACUUGAAGGAUGAAGAAUCCUCGAAUAAAGUGAUCGAGCAGGAGAAGACUGCUCAAGAAGAUGCUUGGAAGAAAGAACAGCUGGUGCUUGCUGCCAAGGAGAAGGAAAUGGCCUCAUUACAGGCAAAGUAUAAUGAGCUGGAGGCAAAGAUGAGAGAAGUGGCCUUCUGGUUCAGGAUGCUACCCUCUAUUGGCAUGGCCAAUGAGAUACUCAAAAUAAGUGAGGCGGCCAAGGAGUUUGGCGGUCAUGGUGUUGCAGUGGCUGCACUCAAAAGGCUGGAGAGUGGCAGAGCCAUCAGUUCUGGCGCCAUUGUCAAGAUGGGUUCUCCUGCAGAAAUCACCUCGUUUCCAGGCGAAGAACUUCGAGUGCUAGAGCUGUUUGAUUGUAAUAUCAGAAUUGAGCUAGCCUCUGAGGAUGAUUCCUCAGAAGAGGUGGACUCGGGAGCUAAGGACAAGGAACCUGAGGUCUAG